UGCCUGGGGCUUUAGGCUGCUGUGCUCAAGCAGGUGUGCGCUGCCAUGGAGCCUCAGCUGGCAGCCGAAGCUGCUGGCACAGCCCAGCUCCCGGGUCUGCUGGCCCGGGGCCGGCGGCCCCUCCACCCCUCCACCCUGCACAUGGUCAUCGAGGCACUGCGGGCUCAGGAUGAGAAGAAGGGUGCAUCUGUCAUCGCCAUCAAGCGGUUCAUCCUGGCCAAGUACCCUGCCGUGGACCCCGUCCGCCUCAAGUACCUGCUGAAGCAGGCACUGAGCAAGGGGCUGAGCCGCGGGGACCUGGUGCGGCCCCACAACUCCUCCGCCAUGGGGGCCACCGGCCGCUUCAAGUUAGCCCCUGAGAAGCUGCGGCACAAGCAGCCGCCGGGCCAGGCAGAUCCCAACAGAGGACAGACCUCGAAGCCGGGACGGAAAGGGACCACCAAGCCCCCCCGGGCCCCCGCAGUGGCUGCGCAACAGCGAGGCGCCGCGGAGGAGAAGCCGGCAGCAGCGAAGCAGAAGCCGAGGUCAAAGCCCGUGGAUGCCCAGCCGCCAGCAGCAGCGAAGCCCAGGAGCGAUGGAGCGAAGCCCCCGCGAGCUGCCGGCCACCCCCGGGCCCCCGGCAAAGGGCGUUCAGGGCCCCCCGCGGCUCCGGCUGCUGAGGAUGCAGGAGGGGGCGAUGGCAACAGCCCUGCGGGUGCUGGGGCAAAGGGGCCCCGAAAGGCCCCAGUGGGAAAGAGCAAGGGGAAGGCGCCCAAGGGGCCACAGCAAGAUGCCCCCAAGGCGAAGGGGGGUCAAGGCAAGGCAAGGAAGCCCCGGGUGACCCCAGGAACUGGCCCAGGGGAGGCCGGGCUGCGGAAGGCAGCCCCCCUGCCAGUGGGCAGGAAGGCCCCAUAGAGGGUCCUGGACAGCCCCGCUCCCCGUGGGAGCCCAGCCCUGCUUCCAGCUGGGCCCGGACCCUCGGGGUCUGGGUUGGUUUUAGUCCCCAAGACAUGUUUUAACUCUGUGUUCACCUCCUGCUAAUAAAGCUUCUUCACUCCCCUCAUGAAAUGGCAUGGCUGCUGCCCUGC